UCUCCCAAAAAGAAGAACUAUGGGUCAUGAAACCAGCCACAGUUGGUUUCUCUGCUGCUGAACCCCUGAAGCCAAUAUGACCUGCAUUUGAUCAGCUGCCAUGCCCAUGCUACAACUUAUAAUUAUGGAGGAAGAGCUGAAUUAUGUAACGGUGACUUUCAAGGAGAAAACAAAUGACCUGGAAAUAAUCUAUGAUGAGGUGAAGGCUGAGCAGGUGUGGGAUACAGAUCCUGUCAUACAAGAAAGUGAAAAGAAAGCUCCACUAUGUACUCUGCUUCAUCUGGUGGCAGCAGGUUUGGGGGUUGUUUGUGUCAUCCUGGUGUCAGUCAUCAUCGCCCUCACUAUCCACUUGAAAACAGUCAUGUCAGAGCACAACAGAGAAAACAUGACGUUAACAGCGCAGAAUCUGCUGCUGACGAAGGAGAGGACAGACUUAGAGCGACAGACAGAGGAGCUGACCAGAGAGAGAGACGGACUCAACUGGACCAUCAGAGUCAUCCUGGAACAUGAGAACUUUCCAGUGAAUACCUACUGUCCACAGAAAGUGUGUAGACCUUGUCUGGAUGGCUGGGUACCUUUCCAAUCAAGCUGUUACCUGUUUUCAAAAGAUAAAUAUUCUUCUUAUUGGAAUACUUGGAAGGAAAGUCAAGCAUCCUGCAAACAAACCAUGGCAGAUCUGGUGGUGAUUGACAGCCAGGAGGAACAGGAAUUCAUCAGUAAUCAUACUGAAGAGUAUCGUGAUGAAAGGCAUGGCUACUGGAUUGGCUUGAGUAAGAAUGAGAUGGACACGCGGAUGUGGGUAGAUGGAAGCAACGUCACCAUGAUGUACUGGACAGCACAGGAACCUGACCCCAGAGUGCCUUGUGUUCUAAGUUUGCCACAUGAAGAUCCUAUGGCCAACUGGCAGACAGCGGGCUGCAGCAUGAAAAACCGCUAUAUCUGUGAAAGAAGAGCCUUGAUCAAAGCGGAUUAGGAAUCAGUCUCAUUAUCAAAAUAAGUUAUUUCACAUUUAAGAAAUCAAAUUGUCUAUCUUUCUGUUUUGUUUUGUUACGACUGAAUAUUAAAACUAAAGAUAUCCAUUUCUCUUUUCUACUUUUAUUGCAGUUUCUACAAAGGCAGCAUAUAUAUACAAUUAACAUUAUUAUUAUGGUUAGUAGUCAUAGUAUACUAUAUACUACAGUAUUACUAUUGAGUUAUUGUAGGAGUAAUAAGAUGGGGUCUCACUGAUGUUGAAGUUUUGUCCCUUCUGCCACUUACAUGACAUACCUUGCUGAAUACUAUGUAUAGAAAUAUAUGUCAGCCUUUGUACACGUGUACUGAUCAUCUAUCAGUCUAUCAUCUUUGUG